AUGCACCUGUGCUAGAUUGUCAUACAGCUCACAUUGCGUGCAAGUUUGCCGAGUUGAAAGAGAAGAUGGACAGAAGAUCUGGUAAAGUACUGGAAGCUGAACCAAAAUUUUUGAAAUCUGGUGACGCAGCUAUGGUCAGACUUGUUCCAAGCAAACCAAUGUGUGUCGAAGCGUUCAAGAAUUAUGCUCCGCUUGGUCGUUUCGCCGUCCGCGACAUGCGACAGACUGUUGCUGUUGGAGUCAUCAAGGAAACUACCAAAAAGACCGGGAAUGUGAAAGAAACCAAGGCAGCAGCUAAGGUCAAUAAAAAAGCAGGAGCCAAGAAGUGACUGGAAGCAUCUGGCGCCCAUCAACAG